CGCACAAUAUGUACCGGCAAUGCUCCGCUUCUGGCGACCCAAUCCGCCUACCAACGAAUUAACACAUAGUGGAUCGCAUUUUACACCCACCCACGUUAUACCGCAAUCAGAGAUUCUGGUUAAUGAACUUGGUAGGGGGAAGGUACGGUACGUCGGAUCGGUCCAUAUUUGCCUUACCAAGGUAGUCCAUCGCUUGCUCCUCAGACAAACGACGCACUGCGUCACUUCGCAUCGCAUCGCAUCGCAUCGUAGCGUCUUACUUCUAGCCAACCCUUUCAAUUCUCUUUUUUAUCAUUUCUCUAUACUUAAUUCAACAGAGGUUUCCUGCUGAAGGGACUUACUCGCGCGGUGCAACCGAUCGAGCCGAAUCAAGACCUUCGACAUGGGGUUCCUGGGAGUGUACCGGGCUCUCUACGACUACGUGCCCCAAGCUGAGGGAGAGCUCGCAAUAAAGGAUGGAGACUUGCUCUUCAUCCUCGAUAAGAAUGGCGACGAUGGCUGGUGGAAGGCAAAGAAGAAGGCCGGAGCUGAUGACGAGGAAGAGCCAACCGGCCUUAUCCCUGGUAAUUAUGUCGAGGAGGCCAAGCCAGUAGACCAUGCUAGAGCUCUAUUCGAUUACACGCGCCAGACAGAUGAAGAAUUGUCAUUUCACGAGGAUGCUACGCUUGCUGUCUACGACACGUCGGACCCCGACUGGAUCCUGACUGGCCUCGACGGCGAAUAUGGCUUUGUCCCUUCCAACUACAUCGAAAUGGGCGCACCUGCUGAGUCUGCUCAGCCGCCGCUGCCGUCUCCGCCGCCAGCGCUACCUUCAAGACCACCACAGGCUCCCUCGAUCUCCUCCCCCGAACCAGAGGCGGCAUCUCCGGACCUACCGAAUGACACCGCGCCUACUCCUUCGAACCCUGCUGCUGCUAUCGCAGGCGUCAUGCAUGGUCGCUCAGUUUCUCAACAAUCUCAGCAAUCUGCCGCUCCACGACAGCCCCCUCGUGCGUCCGUUACGUUUAGCGAACCCCCCGAAGUUGAGGACGAGCCCGUACGAUCACCGACCCUGCCAGCCCGACCACGGGUACCAGCGCCACCAUCUCCAACUUAUGACGAACCCCCCUCCCCUAUACACACCCGCAGUUUCCAAGACCACAGGGACCCAGAUCGUCGCCAAGAUGUCGAGCGUACUCCUGGCGGCUUUCAUAUGUAUAACAUCAACGAGAUGAUUUCCAUCAUGGGCAAGAAGAAGAAGAUGCCCACAACAUUAGGAAUUAAUCUUUUAACAGGUAUCAUACUGGUUGCUCCAGAGCAUGCUUCUGAUGGACCUUCACAGGAAUGGACCGCUGACCGCAUGACGCAUUACUCGCGGGAGGGAAAGCACGUUUUUAUGGAGCUUGUGCGCCCAAGCAAGAGCGUCGACUUCCACGCCGGAGCAAAGGACACAGCCGAGGAGAUUGUCAGUAUGUUGGGCGAAUUGGCUGGUGCUGUACGUGCCGAAGGACUCCGUGAGGUGAUCAUGGCUGGGACACAAGGUAGCAGCGGUGGUGUCCAGAAGAAAGGCCAGGUCCUGUAUGACUUCAUGGCCCAAGGUGACGACGAGGUAACUGUUGCUGUGGGAGACGAGGUGCUUGUUAUCGACGAUACAAAGAGCGAAGAGUGGUGGCAAGUUCGCCGGCUCAAGAAUGGUAAAGAAGGAGUCGUCCCUAGCAGCUAUAUUGAGAUUACUGGCUCUGUCCCACUACACUCGUCUGGCGGCGUAAACUCAGCCAAGUCUCUCGUCGAACAAAAUCGCCUCGAAGAAAUUCGAUUGACCAAGGAAGCCAUGAAAGCUGGCAAAGAACCUCAGCAGGUAGGACCGGGAAUGCCUCUCCCUGAACGAGGCAGUAGCCUCAUGGCACGAGAAACUGGUAGUAAUUCGGGACAACAGCGGAGCCGUCGAGAAAAUGGACGAAGUGAUGGCGGCAGUCAAAGCCGAUCAAAGUCUAAGCCUGACGCGUCCAAGGUGCGCACCUGGACAGACCGUUCCCGGUCUUUCAGUGUGGAAGCCCAAUUCCUUGGUCUGAAGGACGGGAAGAUUCACUUACAUAAGAUGAAUGGUGUCAAGAUUGCAGUUCCUAUCACAAAAAUGUCGCGCGAGGAUCUCGAGUAUGUUGAAAACUUCACAGGCAUAUCCCUGGAAGACGAUAAGCCGUUGGCAGACGUCAAGAGAGCUCGGUCUGCCGAAAAGAAAUCCCCCGAACGUAGUCCUUCAGCAGGCGCAACGAUCGACAAGGAUGCCAAGUCCGACUACGACUGGUUUCAGUUUUUCUUGUCUUGCGAGGUUGCAGUGGGUUUGUGUGAGCGCUAUGCACAAGCCUUUAUCAAGGAUUCCAUGGAUGAGAGCGUGCUUCCUGAUGUCGACGCCACUACUCUGAGAGCCCUUGGAAUUCGCGAAGGUGAUAUCAUCAAGGUCAUGCGUACCUUGGAUGCCAAAUAUGGCCGCAGCCGUGGUGGAAAGAGAGGAACUGCUGAUGGAGUUGAUGGUGAAGGGGGUUUAUUCUCUGGACCUGGCGGUGCGCUACGAAACAACACCCGCAAGGGCCGACCCGCACCAGCAGUCCAAACAAGUGAUGUUGUUGAUGCCAGUGCCUUUUCACGAGGUGAUUCCUCCAAGACUGGUGAGAACGACAGCAGGUCACCCCCGCCCACAAGUCCUACGAAUAAGAGUCCCGAAGCUCGUCCAGCAGCGAGCUCAGGAUUCGAUGAUGAUGCUUGGGACGUGAAGCCUAGCAAGCAGCAAUCGCCGCCUAAAGCUCAGCCUGCUGUUGAGUCUGCUCAGAAGCCUGCCCCUGAGCCUGCCCCUGUCUCACCCCCUCCCCCGGCCUUGACUGGCUCCAUGCAAGAGUUAUCGCUCCUCUCAACGCCCCUCGAACCCACCAGGGCUGAGCCAGCACCCGCCCCGGCACCGGCGCCUGUCAUCGCUGCUCAGCCGACCUCGACACCCGUGCCGCAACCGUUGAGCGGCGCUACCCCCUCAUUCUUUACAUCUGUUGCUCAGGCUCGGCAACGUCCUACUCCCCCACAAGGUACUGCGAACCAGGGCUCUCUCGUCCCUCCACCACCUCAGCGACCUCUUUCAGCUCCGCAAUCAGCCCAGCCCAGCGGCUUUGCACCUCCCCCCAUGAUGCCUCAGAUGACAGGUGCUCUGCAAGGCCAAGUUGCACCUCCCGGCCAGAGCCUGAGUGAGAUCACACAAGCCCGCCUGCAACAGCAAUAUACGGCUCAGAUGCAGCAGCAGCAAGCCCCUCAGCAAAUGCAGCCCAAUAUGACUGGAUUUCCAGGACAACAAGGCCCUGGCUUAAUGUCUUUCCCCACCGGUGCUGGACAGUUCAUGCAGCCCAUGAUGACAGGAAUGCAGGGACCGAAUCAGUUCGUCCCAAUGCAAGCUCAACCCACAGGUUUUCAACCGCCCUUCCCCGCCACGCAGUCGAUGUAUGGAGCACCCACAGGAGGUAUCAACAGCUACUUGCCUCCAGCUCUUGAACCCCAGCGAACAGGUAUGCCAGGCUUGCAGCCCCAAGCUACUGGCAUGACGAACAUGGGUGGCAUCGGUGGUAUGAAUAACGUACAAGUUCCUCAGCCUCUGCAACCACAGCAGACUGGGCCACCCCCUCCCGUGCGAUUUGGCGUGACAAAUGAGACCAAGAAACUAGCGCCUCAGGCAACAGGGCGUAGGGCUAACUUGGCGCAAGCGACCCCCCAGAACCCCUUUGGUUUUUAAUUCUUGAAAAGCUUGUUAAACUGGUCGUCAUCGCACGUCGUUUCGUCAUGUUUGCAAAUACUCUGGACAUCUUUCUUCACAUCUUGUAUGUAUAUGUAGACUUUGUCAGGUCAACCAAACUGGGAGUCAAGUGUGGAAUAAUAAUAGUAUAUUUAUGGCUGUUCCUGGACAAGCCAGAUCAGUCUCUUCUAAUGUUCUCAUCUAUAAGUCUAUACAAAGUCGUAACAGAACGUGAAUCAUUGACGAGGCGAGGUCUCGUUGCAAACUGGCGAUGUGUGAUACCAAAAAUGCGAUGGAAUCGAAAAAGGGGCCACAGGGAUAAGAUGAUCAAACGAGAGAAAAAAGCUCGAGUGGUUUCUUCCGUUCCAUAGAGUUGUAUUCAUGGUCUAAAGUGAUUGAAACUUGAGCAUCCUUGUUCGGUAAGUGAUGGGAGCAGUCUGAAUGUUUUCGAAGGCGAGCUCUCAGCCGACAACAAAUCCGACCAACAAGAAGGGCUUCCCGAAAACGUCUUAGAAUAUGAGGCAACUAGGCCCGCUGGCUUUCCUGAGCCGAUCAAGCCUUGCGGCGACGACCGCCAGUGGGUUUUGAUAAACCUGUUGAGACGGAAGAUAGGUCAAUCUCAGCCUCAGUCACUGGGCUCUCUUGAACAUUUUCCUCUAAUUCAGCCGCAGGCACAAACCGCUUACGUACGGCGCGAAUCAUCAUGAAGAACCAGUAAAAAUUAAGACUGUUGAGCGUGACGUUGCUGGCCAAAUAGGCGACGCCAAUCCACAUGGGUACCGUGGAGUCUGGGUGCGCAAAUGACAUAGUUGGCAAAUUGAGUGCCUUCAUGUCGGGGUUAAUAUUAAUGGCGGACCACACAUCGCGGUAAACACGGAAGGACGAAUAAGUUCCGUAAAUAAGCCGACAGGAGAAGAAUGUGAAAAGAAGCAUGACACCGUUGUAUAGUUGCGCGCGUGUACCAGUCAUGUUAAGUUUAUCCAUAAACCAGUGAACAUUGAGGAAAGGUGUGGAUAACUCCCAGAGGAUGAAGACACAGGCGUAGUGGUUGAGAAAUGGACGCUGAUGAAAGCUGAUUAGUAGAGAUAGAGGGACAUGCCAUCGUGGUUAACUUACGAAACCGAGCGAGUAGACAAGUAAUGCAGCGAUUGCGUGCGCCAAGGUUCCCAAGCCAAAUACAUCGAGGUUAAUGCUGGUGACUACUAAAUCCCAGAGGAAGUAUCCAGCUGCAAGCGCUUGGAUGAAUCCAGCACCACCAGUAUAACCCCAAAUACGCUCCUCCCAUUCCAUGUUGCUCAUCUCAGUAUCGACGAACAUUACCCAUAUAGCCAGGGCAUUGAUUAGGCAGCUCUGAACCAUGGAAACAACGUGGGCGUCCCAGUUGAGCCGUCGCUUGCGAGGAAGCUUGGAGUAGUGCUCCGGGGCCAGAAGGUUUGAGAUCCAUGGCGAGAUAGGCCAGAAGAUGACCGAGUAUAACAACGCUGCGGCCAGAACUUCGUGUAUGUGCAGCGGGAGAGUAGGCAGGUCGAAAUAGUCGGCCCAGGGCUGUGUCUUUUCUGAUAGCCAGGGCGAAGGCUGCAAAGGAAAUGGAUCUUUCAUGCUGGCGGAAUGAAUUGGAGUUGCAAAACGGUUGAGGUUUGUGCUCGCGAGAACCCAGCAAAAAGAUCAAGAAAGAAAGGGCCGGGAACAAAAGAAUGCGGAGGAACAAAGACUUGAAAUGAGCCGAGGGAAGGCGGCGCAAUUAAAGGAUACCUCGAGUAGGAAACUUGAUAUUCAUUCGCCUGGUCACGUCUGUUGGGGAAGCUCACGUGGGAACAGCACGGGCAAG